UUUUAAUAACCGACACAGAUCGACGUGAAAUAUUUCUGAAAAGUUUACUAGCCUGAACGUGUCUAUAUUCACUGUAAUUUCCGUAUGUAGUUUAUGAAUAAGUUCAGAUAUACUUGCAAAACGGAGAUUCUGCUUUGCCACUUGAAAUAUGGCUCUAACCAACAUCUUGCUCCUUAGUCAAAUAUCGGGAUAUGUCGUUGCUCUUAUUUUGUCACUUUGUAUCAUCAUACCGAUGAGUUUGCACGAAGAUGAAUUUAGAGGACACUGUUUGUUAUUCUCAACAGGGACUUGGCAAGAAUCAAACGGUCAGUUUGUAGUAAAUUGGGCUUCGCAGGCUUACUGCAAUUACACGAUAUUCGUUGGCUUGAUGUUGUUGCUAACAUCUGCGAUACAAAUUUAUCGUCUCUCUAUACUUAUGUACCGCGGAGAGGACAGCUCUUUCUUGUCGGCGUUUAUAGAUGUUGUCAGUUCGAUAUUCCUUACGACAAUCACCCUAAUCGCCGCAGUUAUUAUCACACUUGGCUUUAUGACCUGGUGUCAAUGUAUGACCAAAAGAUUUCCAUCUUGCGAAUUGGCAGCUGGAAAUGACAUUGAUAAAGCUGAUGAUAUAGAUACUUCUGGUUUUCACAUUGAAUUGGGUGCAGUUCAAUUUGGUACUUGGUUCAGUUUGUCUGUGUGGGUUGGUCUGUCAGUAUUUGCAGUAUUAAAGUUGUUGCGAUAUCAUCAGUUAGAAAACAUGAAGGUUUCAAUGUACAGAGAAAGACAAAGAUUAAUAGAAGCUGCUAGAAGUAAUGAGAUACAAGAGACAACUUAAAAAUUUGAUUCGAUGGAAAAUUUGAUCGUUGAGAGUAUUUCUUUAAGUGGUAGUAUUUUUUUCUAUCCUAUUGUUCUUACUCUUCAAAGAAAUAUUUGUAACUGAUAAAGUCAGUUUCCUAAACGCACACUUUGUAAUGAAUGUAAUUAUGAUCAUAUAAUGUAACUUAAGAUGAUUAUUUGAUCCAUUACGAGAUUGAAAAGCCAUAUUUAUAGAAGAGGUCAUAACAUUGAAAUGAUUAUGCUUUAUGCUGAAAAUAUAUAAUUUAUUAUUAGCCAGAUUUUUAUCUUUAUACAAGACAGUACGAAAUUACAAUUUUUGAUAACUUUGAUAUUAGUUUUUAGAUUCAUCUUUAAUUUAGUUGAUAUCAUUCGACUUAAGUAGUAUUAACAAUUGUUAAAUAUAUUAUUAUAUUUCAUCAUAGUAUUUUAUUUCAUUCUUAUGUAUCAUAUUUCUGUCUAAUUGUAUAUACAAUUUAUGUAAAUAGAGUAUAAAUUACAUAACAGUCAUCAUUAAAAUAUAAAAAUAUAUUGCAUAAAUAUUUAAUGUGCAAUUGAUGGUCUUUAUAAGUAUGUAGUUAUACCUUGUCAGUGUAUAUAAACGAGGAGUUCCGUAUUAUCUAAAUAAGUAUAUUUAAGUAUAUUAAGAAUUAUAUUUUGUAAAUAUGAAUGUUAUAUAUUCUCAUAAUACAUCAGACUUAUAGCAUAA